UCAACUGCGUUUGUGGGUUUUUCGGUUUGCUUUGGACGGGGUGAGGGUAAAGCUCGAGGGAAGGUGGAAAACAAAUGUCGUAUACUUCAAAUGAAGAGAAAAUACAAUAAACGUCAUUGCUGUGAGUUGGAAGUUGAACUGAACGGAGUGAAAAGUGAUUGUUCGGAUACUUUUUCACAAAUUUGUGCACUUUUCCCUUGCGGGAACUGAUCAUCGAACGUCGGGAGUGGUAACGGCGGCCGAAAUGUCUCCGCCAGGCAACGGAAUUUUCGUUGUUCGGGGCGAAAUGUCCACCCUGACGACAGCGAUGCGACGUGGCUCUCGGUGGAGCUCCAAUUCCUAUCAGGAUGACGAAAAGGAUGUGCUGCUGAAAAAUUUCCAUGAUUUAAAGGAAAAGCUGCUACAGGUGGAAGAUUUACGCUUAGUUGAACCGGGAGUGUUUUUGGGACCGUUUCUAGAGGUUAUUCGCUCGGAGGAAACCACUGGGCCAGUAACCAGCUUGGCGCUGUCAGCAGUUAAUAAAUUCCUUUCCUACGGAUUGAUUGACCCAACCCAUUCGACGCUGGCCGCAACGGUGGAAAGAAUCGCCGAUGCCGUGACACACGCACGGUUUGUAGGAACCGAUCAAACAUCCGACGGGGUCGUGCUAAUGAAGAUUGUGCAAGUAUUACGAACACUGGUCUUAAGCCCGGAAGGAAGCGCUCUAUCCAAUGAAAGUGUAUGCGACAUCAUACUGAGCUGCUUCCGUUUGUGCUUCGAACCACGACUCAAUGAAUUGGUUCGAAAGACGGCAGAAAAUGCGUUACGCGAUAUCGUUUUGCUGCUUUUUAUGCGACUGCCACAGUUUGUGGAAGGUGGUAAUUUUAACCUUAGGUCGCUGAAAAUGCGUUCCAGCUCAAUAGAUCAAUCUAGCAAAAAGAGAAAAAACAGUAAAGUUGAACUUAAACCUCUGGCAGCUAAUCCAAAAAUUGUAACCAGCGAGGAUAGCAAUCAAACGGAAGUGGAACCAACAACUCCGGUAGUUAAUAAUGCCCCAAAAGGCUUGAAGCCCCAUCCACUGUCGACUACUCCGGCAACACCAGCCGGGCCGAUCGUAGAUAUGCAAGGAACGAUUUCGCAAACCCCAAAAAGCAGUCUAGAUUUGAAACAAGACCCUAUCGUAGAGGAUACAGAGACUCAGGAUCCAACCCAAGAUGCGGUGCAACAUCCAGAAGUAGAGGAUUCCCCAGCAGAGUCUUUCGUAAAUUCCGUAGGAGUGCGUUUCACUCACCAGCAGGACGAACAAGUUUCCAGCACAUCUCCACACCUCCCUUAUGGAUUACCGUGCAUUAGAGAGUUGUUCCUCUUUCUUAUAUCUUUGUGCAAUCCACUGGACAAACAAAACACAGAUGUGAUGAUCCAUAUGGGUCUAACGCUGCUGACUGUAACGUUUGAAGUCGGGGCGGAUAGUAUAGGAAAAUACGAUUCACUUUUGGCCAUCGUUAGAGAUGAUUUGUGCAAGAAUCUGUUCGCACUGUUAGCGACAGAACGCAUAUCAAUUUUCGCUGCCGACUUGCAGCUUUGCUUUCUGUUGUUUGAAUCAUUGCGCUCCCAGCUAAAGUUUCAACUCGAGUAUUACCUGACCAAGCUGGCCGAUCUGAUCGUGAAUGAAAACCCGCGCAUUCUGUACGAAGCGCGGGAACUUGCUCUGGACAAUCUUCUGCAGUUGUGGCGAAUACCGGGCUUCGCGGCAGAACUUUACAUCAACUACGAUUGCGAUCUGUACUGUUCGAAUCUUUUCGACGACUUGACCAAACUGCUAUCGAAGAAUACCCUAUCGGCAACGCAUUCGAUCUACAGCGUUCACACGCUUUCGUUGGACGCCCUGCUGACGAUAAUCGGCGCAAUCGAACGCAACUGUGUGCAGGCUAAAAAUGGCGAAAAAACAACUUACAUUCGUCACUCGCGAAACAACUCCAGCGUAGAUAGAAUUGUGUUGGAAACGACUGCAUCGCUAGAUCUCAGCUCCGCUAGCGGAGCCCAGGAUCCCGACGUUAGCGACGUAGUCGUAGAAAGCAUCAACAAAUACCUAAAGUCUAGUCAGAACGAGGACCGUUUGCGGCAGAUCGUUCGACCGGAGGUUGCCAAAAGCGCACCCGUGCUCAGCCAGGAGGAACUGGCCGCCAUCAAGAAAAAGAAACGUUUGCUCACGCAGGGCACGGAUCUGUUCAACCAGCGACCGGAGAAGGGAAUUCUGUUUUUGCAGGAAAACGGUUUGCUAAAUGCAACACUGGAUCCGCUCGAGAUCGCUCACUUUUUACGGGAGAACUCCGGUCUGGACAAGAAGAUGAUCGGGGAAUAUAUAAGCAAAAAGAAGAACGUCGAAAGUCGAAUACUGGAGGUGUUUGUAAAGUCGUUCGAUUUCGCCGGGCUAACCAUCGAUCAAGCGUUGAGAUUAUACCUGGAGACGUUCCGACUGCCCGGGGAGGCUCCGUUGAUUUUCCUGGUGAUGGAGCAUUUUGCCGAUCACUGGCAUAAAUGUAACAACGAACCGUUCGCAAAUACGGAUGCAGCCUUUCGGCUUGCAUAUGCCAUCAUAAUGCUGAACAUGGAUCAGCAUAAUUACAAUGCAAAGCGGUUGAAUGUGCCAAUGACGGUGGACGAUUUCUUGAAGAAUCUGCGAGGGUUGAAUGGAAAUUCUGAUUUUGACCAGCAGAUGCUUAUCAAUGUGUACCAUUCUAUCAGAAACGAGGAAAUCGUCAUGCCAGCUGAGCAAACAGGCGUGGUUCGCGAGAAUUACUUGUGGAAGGUUUUACUGCGUCGCGGUGCCACUAAGGAUGGCGUAUUUCAGCACGUGUUUAGCCCAAACCACGAUCGGGAACUGUUCCGCAUCAUUCAGGGCUCAACGCUGGCAGCGCUGAGUUUCAUUUUCGAUAAAAGUCCCGACAACACGCAGCUUUACCAGAAAGCUAUGAACGGAUUUAUAAAAUCGGCGGUGAUCGCUUCGCACUACGAUCUGCACGGUGAUUUUGACGCGCUGGUGCUGACUUUGUGCAAGUUUACCAGUUUGCUGAAUCCUCCGGCCGAUGCACACGAGAUCACGACCAACGUCAUGUUUGGACAGAAUGCGAAAGCACAGCUAGCGAUGAGAACGGUGUUCGCAUUGAUUCACGAUCACGGUGAUUGCAUGAGGGAAGGAUGGAAGCACAUCGUGGAUGUCGUUUUGCAACUAUUUAGGCUCAAACUUCUGCCGAAAAGUCUCAUGGAAGCCGAGGACUUUUGUGAAGCCGGUGGAAAGGUGGUUCUUGUUCGCGAUCGAAAUCAGCUGCCGAAAACGGACACUAGCCUGCUGAGCAGUUUGUACUCGUACCUGAGCAACGACAGCCAAAGGCAGCCCUCUUACGAAGAACAGGAAAUCAUUAAGCUGUCCAAACGUUGCAUAAAGGAGUGCCAAAUCGAGCAGAUCGUGAACGAGUCCAAAUUUCUCCAGUUUGAAUCGCUGGUAGAGCUUGUUAACAAUCUACUGGGAAUGAUGAAGCCUCCCGAGAGCCACAAAUCAGUUGGACUCCCCUACGCUGAAAAUACGGUAGUAUUUCUGCUGGAGCUUUUGGUGAAGAUUUUGAUCCAGAACAGAGAUCGUUUACUUCCUCUCUGGAAGUCAUGCCAAGAUCAGCUGUAUCUUCUGCUGAUAGGCUCUUCCACGUACGAUUAUACGAACCUGCUGCAGAGAACCACUGUUGCAUUGUUAAAGCUGGCCAUUUACCUUAUGCGCAACGAAGAAAUUUGCUCUACGAUUCUCCAGAGCCUUCGCAUGCUGCUAAUGCUGAAGCCAGCGGUUAUUUUGUCAAUAUCAAAGCCGAUUUCGAUCGGCAUGUACGAACUGCUGAAGACCAGCGCACAGAACAUACACUCCGAAACUGACUGGAUAAUAGUGUUCACCAUUCUAGAGUGCGUUGGAGCAGGUGCUAUGCCGCCAGAGUACGACGAGGCACCCUCUAUUUCCGGCGCAAAAUCUGAUGGUGCCCUCAGUAGCGAGGAAGAUUCUGGACUCCCCGAUCGAGGUUACAUUUCUGAUUCAGAAAUCAACACCAUAAAGAACUCUUCAAAUACAUGCACCCCAUUAAUCAGUCCCACCGGUGAUAACUGGAUCCUGGUUAACAAGGACGCAGACAUUGUGUCGUCCCGAUCGUCGUCGCCGAAACACUCGAUCCAGUAUCGCUGCAAGCUGCUUGAGCAUUCUCCUUUUGCAUUGGUGAAGUGCUGGGAAAGUUUGGCGUUCAUCGUCCGGAAUGUGGCUCACAUAACUCCGUACAAUUUCGAGAGUUGUGUUCGCUGCAUUCGCACUUUCGUGGAGGCAUCUAUGAAUGAUGGCAGCUCGAAACGACGCAGGCAGCGUGGUGCGGGCAGCGGGAAAAAUUCCCGCAAUCGAAAUCGCAAAAACGACAGCAGCGACAGCGAGACCGAGGAUCUUCCGGAGGCUUAUCAGUCCAUCUCGAUCCAGCUGCUAGAUUUGAUGCACACGUUGCACACUCGAACGGCACAAAUUUUCCGCUGGUGGGCCGAAGAAGGUGGUUCGCUGCCGCAGUGCUCUGCUCUGUGGUCCCAAGGCUGGUGUCCACUGUUGCAGGGAAUUGCUCGGUUGGCGACCGAUCAGCGUCGGCAGGUUCGAACGAGUGCAAUCACCUGUCUUCAACGGGCUUUACUGGUACAGGAUCUGCAAACCCUUACCGGAUUGGAGUGGGCUGGUUGUUUCAAACAGGUUUUAUUUCCCCUGCUAUCCGAGCUGCUCGGUGAGAAGCCAGCAAAACCGGCAGAUGCCGGCUUGCUGGAGGAAUCCCGCAUGAGAACUGCCACUAUCAUGUCCAAGGUAUUUCUGCAUCACCUUACGCCUCUGAUCGCUCUGCCAGGUUUCAACGACCUGUGGCUGGAGAUUCUGGAAUAUUUCGAACGUUUUAUGAAAAUCGGAUCCGACAUGCUGUACGAAGCGGUGCUAGAAAGUUUAAAAAAUAUGCUGCUGGUCAUGCAUUCGGUUUGUGUGUUCCACAAUAGUGACGGAGUGACACAUUCUACAUUAUGGGAUGUAACAUGGCAGCGUAUUUCCGGAUUUUUGCCCCAUCUCAAAGAUGAACUUUUUAAAACCGACCCCUCGGAUUCGAAACCCAAUUUUACAGUCGCAGCAGUAUCAAUGGCACCGUCAUCACCUGUGCCGAUUUCUGCGCCAACAAAUACCACGCAAUCAACCCCACAAAUCCUUUCGAGUUCUCCAAUGGAAGGUGUGCGUGUAGCGACCGGAGCGAACAAUCUACUGAUCAAUAAUACAACCAUAAGCCACCCGCCAAUAAUACCGCAAAUUCCGUUAGAUGCGCCUGUCCCCGCGCUAAUAGCGCAAUCCGAUCCACCUCUAACAACUGAGGCAGCAACUUUCUCCCCAGAACCGCAGGAACUCCAAGCGGCAGACAUGAAUCGCUAUUCCAACAUCAUCGAGCUGCCAAUCACCCCAUCCCCGCCACCCUUCAUAUCGGAACAACUGCCUGAGUCCGACCAAAGACCCGAGCAGAACUUACCCGAGCAAACCCAACAAUCACCGGUUCCGCUAAGCCAUCUGCUGGCGAAAAAUCAAUACCCUUCUCUCAAUAACGUACCAAUCGGCAUUGCCCAAAGCUUCGCGCCCAUGUUCGUGCAACCUACUGCGAAUCCGCCGGAAGGUGCGGAUAUUUACAGCGACUACAUCAAGGAUCCGUACAAUCUAACGCUGCAGCUCGAGCAAAAUGCGAACGGUACAGCGGCGCCGGCACCCAGUCAAGCGCAGGCCGAAACAACGCCUCAGCCGCCGCCAAAUGUGAUGCAAUCCACCAACUACUUCAGCACGAUCCAAUUCGGAACGGGACGGAUACCGCCAGGUUCGGAAUUUUUGUUCGGUGAACCAUAGGCCAAUGCAGCGAUAGAAAGCGGACGACCGAAGGGAACAUGCUUCUAAUGCGUACUUUUCUCUUCUCUUCACAUUCCUUGCAUGCUUUCACUGGAUAUUUCAUAUGGUCGCAAAUCAGCAGAAUCCGACGAAGACUAAGGAAUACGAGAACGGGGCAUUUCUCAUAACGGUUAUAAUUUAAAGUAUAGUUAGUGAAAAAACUAUUAGAAAAAAAAACGAACGUUUGCGUUUAGCUAAGAACAAACAUAUGAUAGAAAGCAUAGAUGGAAUUCUGAUCCUAUUCCCGCUGAGCUAAACAUCGGACAAUUAAGUAGAUGUUCUUCACAUUUGUAUUAAGUACCACUUGAUGAAACUGUUGAUAUCUACUAUAAAACUAUUAUCCAUUCUAUACAAAUGUGAAAGGAAGAAGGAAGAGACAUAAAUGUUGGCUAGGGUUCAAAGACAGACCCCAGACUUGUAGAGAGGUAUUCUUUUUGUUAAUAUUUUUUUAGAGUUAUGUGCACUAAGCAGUCGUUUUACAAUGAUUUUAUUCGUUGGAGGAAAAAGUAUAAAUAUACACGUAGAAUGUGAGGAAAAUAAAAGAAAAAGUAUGUAGCUAAAAC